AUGGGGCCGGAGCCGAAGCGCUCGGGCUGGGCGGCCGAGCGGGAGCCGGCGCCGCUGGAGAAAGGUUUGUUCCAAGACGGAGAUUCGAGCAGCGACUGCCGCAGUGACGACAGCCCAGGGUCGCGGUUACCCAGCGUUGUGCUGCAGGGGAAGACCGCUUUCCCGGAGAUGUUCCAGACGAGCCACCUGCUGCUCUACGAGCGCUUCAGAGCCUAUCAGGACUACAUUCUAGCUGACUGCAAGGCCUCCGAGGUGGGAGAAUUCACGGCCGAGUUCCUGGAGAAGGUGCUCGAACCAUCUGGAUGGCGGGCGGUCUGGCACACUAAUGUGUUCAAGGUGCUGGUGGAGGUCACGGACGUGGACUUUGUAGCCUUGAAGGCUGUGGUGAGGCUGGCGGAGCCAUACCUCUGUGAGUCUCAAGUGAGUGCCUUCACCAUGGAGUGCAUGAGGGAGCUCCUGGACCUGAAGGGACAGCGGCUGCCGCUGCAGGAGCUGUGGGUGGUGUUCGACGGCUCCGGAGCGUUUGACCAGACCGCGCUCGCCAUUGAGCACGUCAGGUUUUUCUACCAACACAUUUGGAGGAGUUGGGAUGAAGAAGAGGAGGAUGAGUACGACUAUUUUGUCAGAUGUGUAGAACCUCGAUUGAGACUGCACUAUGACAUUCUCGAGGACCGUGUUCCCUCCGGACUCGUCGCCGACUACCACAGCCUGUUGUCGCAGUGCGAGGGCAUCUACAGGAGCUUCUUGAAUCUGAGAAGCAGCCUGUCGGCCUGUGGCUCGGACUCAGAGCAGGAGAACAUCUCCAUGGUGGAAGGGCUGAAGCUGUACUCGGAGAUGGAGCAGCUGAAGCAGAAGCUGAAGCUCAUCGAGAACCCCUUGCUGCGGUACGUGUUCGGUUACCAGAAGAAUUCUGACAUCCAGGCGAAGGGCGUCCGUCCAGAUGGUCAGAAGGUCACCCACGUGGUCUCCUCCACCAUGAUGACCGGGCUGCUGCAGUCCCUGCUCAGGGACAGGCUUUGUCAGGAGCCGUGUGCGGAAGACAGAGAAGUCCAGUUCCACAGCGACCCCCUGUCGGCCAUAAACGCCUGCUACGAAGGGGACACGGUGAUCGUCUGUCCCGGCCACUACGUGGUGCACGGCACCUUCUCCAUCGCUGACUCCAUCCAGUUGGAAGGGUACGGUCUGCCCGAUGACGUCGUGAUAGAAAAGAGGGGCAAGGGGGACAGUUUCGUGGACUGUACGGGUGCGGACAUUAAAAUCUCGAGCAUGAAGUUUGUUCAGCAUGACGCUGUGGAAGGGAUCUUAACCAUCCAUCGGGGCAGGACCACCGUGGAGAGCUGCGUGCUGCAGUGCGAGACGACCGGCGUCACUGUGCGGACGUCCGCGGAGUUCGUGAUGAAGACCUCGGACUUGUAUGGGGCCAAGGGUGCCGGUGUGGAGGUGUACCCCGGGAGCACGUGCACCCUGAGCGACAGCGGCAUCCAUCACUGCAAGGAAGGCAUCCUCAUCAAGGACUUCCUGGACGAGCACUACGGCAUUCCCCGGAUAUCCAUGGUGAACAACGUCAUACACAACAACGAGGGCUACGGCGUCGUCCUGGUGAAGCCCACCAUCUUCUCCGACCUGCAAGAAGACGCCCAGGACGGGGCUGAAGAAAAUAAAGCACCUACAGCUCCGACGAGUGGAGAGGCAGAGGCAGCUGCGCGAGUGGGCCUGGGCGAGCCGCUGCAGUGCGUGGCCGGGAGAGGGGGGCUGGGUGCGCGGCCCGGCCCCUCCGAGCAGGUCGAAGGCAACUGGGAGAUCGUCAGCGAGCUCGUCGCCGCCUCCACGCAGAAAGGCCAGAUGAGGAAGAAGAGGCUGAGUGAGCUGGGGAUCACGCAGGCCGACGACGACCUGAUGUCCCAGGAGAUGUUUGUCUCCAUCAUGGGGAACCAGUUCAAGUGGAACGGGAAAGGCAGCUUCGGCACGUUCCUGUUCUGAGCACGGUGGCCUGGA